AUGAAGGAGCCAUGCUUUCGGUGUAAGCGGCCCACCUAUUUCAACGACAAAGUUGGCCCGCUGAAAGACGGUUCCCUGUUCCACAAGGGGUGCUUCAAGUGCUGGAUCUGCGGGACGCGGCUAUCCCUCAAGACCUAUCACAAUAACCGAAACGACACGCAGGAUCUCGAA